AUGGAUAUGAACAAAAUUUUAGAAACUGAAAAUUUAUAUGCAGAAGAAGAAGAUUGUAUUGCUGAAUUUAUUGAUUUAAGAAUUGAUAAUGGUUGGGGUAUUACUAAACAUGAAGUUAUAGCACUUGCUUGUCGUCUUGGCCGUAAAAGAAAUCCAGAAUUUGCUGUUGGUCGUGUUUGGUAUGAAGCUUUUAUGAAGAAAUUUAAAAGAUUUGCACUUAAAAGAUCUAGACGUUCUAUUAUUUCAAUUUUAUUGGAAGGUGAUAUGGAUGAAUUACAAAAUUGGAAAGAAGAAACUAAAUUUAAUCAACCUAAAGGAUCAAAAAAUAAAAAAUCUAAACAAGAUGAAGCAGCUGCAAAACCAAAGAAAAAGAAGCGUGCUCCUACUGAAUUUGUCAUGCAAAGAGAAAAACCAAAGAGAAAAACCAAGUCUCAAUUAGCUGAAGGUAAAUUAAAAAUCAAUCCAGAUGAUGAUGAAAGUACAGUUCAAAGUAAAGUCAUGCAAAUGGGUGGAGCAUUUGAAAUUAGAAGAGCCGCUUGGAAAUUGUUAAACCAUCAAGAUGAUAAAAUCAGAGAAGAAAUCCUCAGACGUCUUGGUGAAGAAGAUCAAAGUGUAAAGGAAGUUGAAAAUCCAUAUAUUGAAGAUACAGGUGAUGUUUAUUCUAGUGCUGGUGAAGAGGAUGAUGAAUAA